CCCCAUCCGACAACACGCACCCAUAGCCCUCUCCGAUCCCCCUAUGGGUAUGGGUGUGUGUUGUUGGUUCGUCAGCCUCUCCACUGGCGCUGCGGCUCGCUGGUGGCGAGGCGGCGCGGUCGGAUCGCGCGCACAGCCCUCCGCGGCAGAGGAGGGGCGAACGACCAAAGCGCGCAGCAGACGCCAUCCGUAGCCAUUUUGGCUCAAGUCACGAUGCGAGCUAGCAUCCAUAUCCAGCACGGCUUAAGCCAAGCUGUCUCCAAACCACUCACCUUACGUAAAUCAUAGCCAUGCCUGUCCAGUCUGGCAAAGUUGCGCGGUUUGCAUCAAUUCUCUCCGUGGUGUUCUUGGGCCUCUUCACAUGCGGUGAGGCCGUGGGCGCGGCGGCGUCGGUGCAACUGCGCAAGAGGACCGUCAAGGAUACCAUCCAGAAGGCGGGAGACGUCCACAGGGACAGCGACCACGACCACGACCACGACCACGACCACGAUCGGUUUAACACCGCGAGCCAAUUCGAUCUGCGAGGGCACCGCCGCCACGUGAGGAGGGGCGGCGUCCGGAUGACACACAAGAUGGCUUACUUUGGCACCGUUGAGAUUGGCGACCCGCCGCGGCCAUUCCAGGUCGUUUUCGACUCUGGCAGUGGGAACCUGUUGGUGCCCGGGAUUAACUGCGACUCCGAGGCGUGCAACGGACGUGCCAUGUACAACCAUGACCUAUCCACCAGCGGGAACCGGAUACCCUGCCCUGCCUCUAGUCAGUCGCAGGCCCCCUUGGAAGACCACACAACAGUAAAUUUCGGCGUUGGUCAGAUUGUGGGCGAAUGCUUUGAGGAUCAGAUUUGUCUUGGCAAUGUCUGCUACCCUGCUGCCUUCAUUGCGAGCACCUGCGAGAGCAACACCCCGUUCGCAUCAUUCAAUUUUGACGGGGUUAUGGGGUUGUCCUUGCCCUACAUGUCGCGAGGCCACAAGUUCAACAUGCUGGAGAAGAUCAAGGCGACCGAGAAGCUCCAUCAGACGGUAUUCGCAGUUUUCCUGUCCAUUCGCGACACUGAAGUCUCCGAAAUCACCUUUGGCAGCAUGAAGAUAAGCCACAUGGCGUCGGACCUACACUGGGUUCCCGUCACUUCCCGCCACACGGGCUUUUGGGAGGUUCAGAUAUCGGACAUCACCAUCGACGACCGUCCGCAGAAUCUGUGUGUUGACUGCUACGUCGCCGUGGACACGGGGACGUCAGACUUGGCCGGGCCGACAGCGAUCAUACAACAGCUCGCCUGGAGGUUGAACGUAGAACCUGACUGCGGGAACUUCCACAAUUUGCCGAGGCUCGGAUUCCUCAUCAACGGGGUGAUCAUGAACCUCGAGCCGAAGGAUUACGUCGACGAAGGUGAUGGCAGUUGCGAGGUCUCCGUGAUGAGUCUCGACAUCCCCCCGCCCACAGGUCCGCUCUUCAUCUUCGGGAUCCCGUUCCUGGAGAAGUUCUACACCGUCUACGACAACGUGAACGAGCAGAUCGGCUUCGCGGUGGCCAACCAGGCCGGCGGGCCCUCCAAGAUCGACGCGGCUCUGAUCAUGUCGCAGUUGGGCGCCUCGGUGAGCAACUCGAGCUCGAGCAGGGACAGUGCCCUGCGCCAGGCGGACCACCAGCCCAGGAGCUACCUGCGCAAGUGAUGGCCUCCGGGUGUCGGAGGAGAGGAAGCAACAGCGCAGACCUAUCUGCGAAAGGGGGGGGUGACCCCGUCGCUUCCAGGGCCCGCGCCCGGCAACUGGCCGCGGCACGUCCUCUUGCCCCUACGCCGCGCCGGAGGGAGCGGCGGCCGGCGGGUCCUUUUCUCCCCGACAGUAUCCAGCGAGCUGCAGCCCAAGGUAGCAGCUCGUGUACAGCGCUGGCCGCUGCAUCCCAGGCACUCUCUAUUCAGAGCAAGCGAGUGGAGAUGCCCGCGGCAGACCUAUCAUAGAAA